AAAUGGUGGUUCUGGGCUCGAAUUAAAUCGAUGCUGUUUGGAGUGGAUUGGAUUAGGAAUUUGGGAUUAGGGUUUUUGUGAUUUUGAUGAGGCAGGGGAGGGUUUGGAGGCGAUCUGGGUUUUGGUGAAUUGUAGGGUUUUUGUUGAUGUUGUUGUUUGGAAGAGGGGAAUUUAGGGUUUGGGAUUGAUGGUUGUCGAGGCGAAAAUUGGGGAAGAUGCAAGGGUAUUAUGCAUGGGCGGGGAGGUGAAAAUUGGAAACGGAGUCGGCACAUGUGGUCGGUCCCCUCGCGCGGCACCGCAGUGACGAGGACUGUAGCCGGUGAUUCUUCAGCAUCUACGCUUGAUUCCUUCUGCAAGGAUGGUCGCAAGAUUAGUGUAGGUGAUUGUGCUCUUUUCAAACCGCCCAAGGAUUCCCCUGCUUUUAUUGGAAUAAUUCGUUGGCUGUCAUUAAACAAAGAAAACAAUCUACAGUUGGGUGUGAAUUGGCUUUACCGGCCUGUUGAAGUAAAGCUUUGCAAAGGCAUCCUGCUGGACGCUGCGCCAAACGAAGUCUUCUAUUCCUUUCAUAAGGAUGAGAUUCUUCCUGCUGCAUCAUUACUCCAUCCAUGUAAAGUUGCAUUCCUUCCUAAAGGUGUUGAACUUCUGUCAGGGAUAUCCUCAUUUGUCUGCCGUCGAGUUUAUGAUGUUGCAAACAAGUGUUUAUGGUGGUUAACUGAUCAAGAUUAUAUUGAUGAGCGACAGGAAGAAAUAGACAAGCUGUUAUAUAAAACACGAAUAGAGAUGCAUGCAACAGUGCAGCCUGGUGGCCGUUCUCCAAAACCAAUAAAUGGUCCUACAUCACAGUUAAAACCUGGUUCCGAUAAUAUACAGAGUGCCACUUCCUUCCCUUCUCAAGCCAAGGGGAAGAAAAGGGAGCGGACAGAUGGAUCUGAGCCUCUCAAACGAGAACGUUCUUUAAAGACGGAUGAUGAUGACUCUUGUCAGUUUAAAUCUGAAAGCGCUUUGAAAUAUGAGAUUUCUAAGAUAACAGAAAAGGGUGGGCUUGUAGAUCAAGAAGGGGUAGAGAAACUAGUUCAACUUAUGCAGUCUGAUAGAUCUGAGAGGAAGAUGGAAUUGGUUAGCCGGUCAAUGCUUGCAGGUGUAAUAACAGCUACUGAAAAGUUUGAUUGCCUUAAUCGGUUUGUUCAGCUCAAGGGUUUGCCUGUGUUAGACGGAUGGCUUCAAGAUAUCCAUAAAGGGAAGAUCGGUGAUGGUAGUCCCAAGGAUGGUGAUAAAUCUGUAGAGGAAUUUCUCUUGGUUUUGCUUCGUGCUCUUGAUAAGCUGCCUGUAAAUCUUCAUGCCCUACAGAUGUGUAACAUUGGCAAAUCAGUGAAUCAUUUACGUUCACAUAAAAAUGUUGAAAUUCAGAGAAAAGCAAGAAGUUUAGUUGACACAUGGAAGAAACGUGUUGAGGCUGAAAUGAAUGUUAUUGAUGCGAAGUCAGGUUCAACUCAAGCUGUUUCAUGGCCUUCCAGAUCACGUCUUCCCGAAGUUUCUCAUGGUGGGAACCGAUAUCCUGGUGCGUCUGAGGUUGCUAUGAAGAGCUCAGUUACACAGAUUUCUGCAUCUAAAGCUGCUUCAGUUAAGCCUGUACAGGGUGAGAUCACUUUCAAAUCCACUUCCUCGUCUCCAGGGACAAUGAAAUCAGCAGUGUCACCUCCUUCAGGUAAAGAUGCUAAUCCCAGAAUAGUAGUUGGAAGCUCCUCUGAUCUUCCUUCAACCACUGCAAGGGAGGAGAGGAGCAGCAGUUCAAGUCAGUCUCUCAACAAUGGUCAAUCUUGUUCAAGUGACCAUGCCAAAACUACGGUUUUCUCAGGAAAGGAAGAUGCAAGGAGUUCUACUGCAGGGUCAAUGAGUGUGAAUAAGAUAUCUGGUGGUUCUUCUCAACAUCAGAGGUCAAUCAAUGGAUUCCCUGGGCCUGCUGUGUCUGGAGGUCAAAGGGAAACUGGGUCUGAUGAAGGUGAUGGGCCACCUGCCGCUAUUCCUGAAGAAGAGCAACGCCAAACUGGUGAUGACACUGCUAAAUUAGCUGAAGUCUCAAAACCUGCUUCCUCGUUAUCAGGGAAUGAGUUGAAAUCUGGGAAAUUGCAUGAGGCUUCUUUCAGCUCUAUAAAUGCUUUAAUUGAAAGUUGUGCCAGAUACUCUGAAGCAAUUGCGUCUAUGUCAGCUGUAGAUGAUGUCGGAAUGAAUCUGCUCGCUAGUGUUGCAGCUGGAGAAAUGUCCAAGUCCGAUUUGAUAUCACCAACUGAUUCUGCAGGAAAAAACACACCUAUGGUUGAGCACUCUUGCUUGGGAGAUGAUGCCAAAUCAAAAUCAUCACAGCAAAGUCAGUCUGCAGAUGGUGCUGUUGGUGACGUAGAGAAGCAGGGUCUGAUUGCUGGUGCUUCAUUGUCUAGGGAUGGGUUACAUCAUCUAUCUAAACAGGCCUCUGGCGACAUCUCUGGAGAUUGGAAAACCACUUCUUCCAUACCUGAGCAUACACCAGUAGGAGAGAGGAAUGAAUAUAAUUCUUCCAAUUUGGAUUUGGAACCAGCUGCAGAAGCUCGCCCGGAGAAAAAUGGAAGACCGGAUGAAAUUAGGGGUGCUGCUUCUGUGGCUCUUUCUCCAGCCAGUGCAGCAGUGAAGGUAGAUGGUGAAGAAAGUAAACAGCUUGAUGUCAAGGUGUCAACCAUCAUCAGUGCAAGAAUUCAGGAUGCUAAGCCGAACAGAAGCUGUUCUUUGUUGAUGGAUGAUAAGGUCAAUGAAGCCCUUUCAUGUGUAAAAGUUGAGAAAGAAGUUGUUGGAGGUUCAUCAUCACAUGCAUCAUUAGAAAUCGGCAGUGAGAACAAAAAUAAUAUGAAUGAAGGAUUUAAUGGUGUUGAUCACCCAGAGCAGAAACCACCUCCAGCGAAGGUGAAGUCUGAGCAUUUAGAAAGAGGUGAUGCGGAACUGCUACAUACUUCUGGUUCUAGUAAAGACCUCCCUUCAGAAAAUGUCGAUGAACUAAAGAGUGGAAAAGCUGACGAAAUGGACACCAGAAGUCAUGGUAGUCAUGCUGGAAAACAAAAUAUUCAUCAUGGUACCAACAGUGGUCCAACUCAUCAAAAUCAAGUUUCAGCUACUCUGGGAUCAGUUGCUAGUGAUCAGAAGAGUAAGGGCAUGGAUACAAAUGUCGAGAGUAAAGAUGUUCUCAAGCAGUGUUCUGGUGGAGCAGUUCCUCAAAAGGAGUCACGGGGAUCCAAGGUGACUGAUGUUGAGGCAGGAGAAACAGAGGACAGUGCAUCCACCGCAGCUGAUGCUUCUUCUAUCCCUGCUACUGGGGCAUCAGCCACGGAUACAAAGCUAAAGUUUGAUCUAAACGAAGGAUUUUUUGCAGAUGAAGGAAAAUAUGGGGAACCCAUCAACUUGGCUGGUCCUGGAUGUUCAACUUCUCAUUUGAUUAGCCUGUUGCCUUUUCCUGUUUCAUCUGUAUCCAGCAGCCUUCCUGCUUCCAUUACAGUGGCUGCUGCUGCAAAAGGACCCUUUGUUCCUCUGGAGGAUCUGUUGAGAAGUAAAGGGGAGCUUGGAUGGAAGGGAUCUGCUGCUACAAGUGCAUUUCGGCCGGAACCCAGGAAGUUUCUGGAGAUGCCACUGGGUACUACUAGUAUCCCUCUUCCUGAUGCUACUGCGGGCAAACAUGGUCCACCUCGGUUAGAUAUUGAUCUGAAUGUGCCCGAUGAAAGAAUUCUCGAGGACAUGGCAUCUCGAAGCUCUACUCAGGAGACAGCUUCUACAUCUGACCAUAUAAGUAACCGUGGAAUGGCACAAAAUGAUCCAAUGGGUUCUGCACCCAUUCGUAGUUUUGGAGGUCUUGAUCUGGAUUUGAAUCUAGUUGAUGAGGCUAAUGAUAUGGGGCAGUACUCAAGGAGCACCAAUCGUAGACUGGAGGCCCCACUUCUGACAGUUAAGUCGUCAUCAUCGGGUGGAUUUUCUAAUUGUGAGAUAAGGAGGGACUUUGAUCUAAACAAUGGGCCUGCCUUUGAUGAAGCAAGUGCUGAACCAUCCCCUUUUAACCUGCAUGCCAGAAGCAGCAUGCAAGCCCAGCCUCCUUUUGCUGGCGUCAGAAUGAAUAAUGCAGAAAUGGGAACUCUCUCAUCGUGGUUUCCAACUGGGAACACUUACUCUGCUGUUGCAAUUCCAUCGAUAUUGUCUGAUAGAGGGGAGCUGCCCUUUCCAAUUGUUGCAACUGGUGGGCCGCAAAGAAUGUUGGGACCCCCUACUGGUGGGACCCCAUUUACUCCAGAUGUUUACCGGGGUUCGGUGUUGUCAUCUUCUUCUGCAGUGUCCUUCCCUUCUACUCCCUUCCAGUAUCCUGUCUUCCCAUUUGGGACUAGUUUUCCUCUGUCCUCCGCCAAUUUCUCAGGUGGAUCUACAACUUAUGUGGAUUCCCCUUCUGGUGGUAGGUUUUGCUUCCCUGCCGGAAAUUCCCAGUUAUUAGGCCCUGCUGCUACAGUUUCAUCCCAGUAUCCAAGGCCAUAUGUUGUUAGCCUUCCUCCCGAUGGUAGCAAUAAUAUUGGUGUUGAUAACAGUAGAAAAUGGGCUAGGCAGGGUCUCGACCUCAAUGCUGGCCCUGUAAGUAUAGACAUAGAAGGCAGAGAAGAAACAUUACCUCUUGCAUCGAGGCAACUUUCUGUUGCCAGUUCACAGGUGCUAGCAGAGGAGCAAGCAAGGAUGUACCAGCAGCUGGCGGGUGGUGUUCCAAAGAGGAAGGAGCCGGAGGGAGGGUGGGAUACUGAGAGCUUUAGGUACAAGCAAUCCUCAUGGCAGUAAGGAUGCGUUAUACACAGCCUAGUGACCUGUUCAAGGCUUUGAUGCCUGGUGGGCAAUGGCUAACUCCUGGAAAUUGCCCAACUGGUGUUCUCUAAGAGAGUGAUGGGCGGUAAGCGAGUUAUUUCAUGUUUUCAUAGUCUCCAACCUCCCCCAACCUCUUUUAGUGCAUCAGAUGUGCUGUAAAGGUUUCCGUCAUGGGGUCUGGCAAGCUCUUGGUUUUAGUGUUCUUUUUUUUAUUUUUUCUGGGCGGCUGCAGAUAAUUUCCUGUUUGUAGAUAUGUUUUUAACUGCUGGACAAUGCACUCGGUGUUCCCCAAACACUCGGAAAUUCGGUGUCUAUAUUCCAUGAGACCCAACAACACCAUGUCCAAUCCAAAUGCCUCUGGUAGUGGAGGUUGGAUUCCUACACCGCUUCAAGCAAACACCCUUUUGUGCUUUGCUGUUAAUUUAUCUUUCUUUGCCGCCUUUUUCUUUUCUUUUCCUUUUUUCGUUACAUGUUACAUAAAAGCAGGUUGGCCGCUGAAUUUUGGUACUUUUGAGCUUUUUAUUGAUCUGGCAUGGUUUAGUUGGUAUU